AUGAGGAAAGGGUUAAGCUGUCAUGUGAUGGAGUCAGGCAAUGAGUCACAUGACCAGGUUAUAUAAAGGGAAGAGUGCUGUGUUUGUUUAGUCUGUUUCCUUCAGUGCAGCCUUCAGACAGUCACAGCAGCACCCAGGAGUUCUACAGCAAUGUGGCAGCCCGUGGUCCUGUUUUUCCUGACCUCCCUUGCCAGUGCACGGCAUGUCCCUCACUUUGCACCCCUGUCCCAGGACAUGAUCAGCUACAUCAACAAGAUCAACACCACCUGGACAGCUGGACACAACUUUAUAAAUGCAGAUGUGAGUUAUGUGAAGAAACUCUGUGGUACAGUUCUUGGAGGUCCAAAGCUAAAAACAAGGGUCUCAUUUGCUGGAGCAAUGAAUCUGCCAGAUAGCUUUGAUUCCCGUACAGCUUGGCCAAACUGCCCAACUAUCCAAGAGGUCAGAGAUCAAGGCUCUUGUGGUUCUUGCUGGGCCUUUGGAGCAGUGGAGGCAAUAUCUGACCGCGUCUGUGUACACUCUAAUGGAAAAGUGAACGUGGAAGUAUCUGCAGAGGAUCUUCUGUCCUGCUGUGGCAGUGAGUGUGGCAUGGGCUGUAAUGGUGGCUACCCAGGGGGUGCUUGGAAUUACUGGACGGAGCGUGGCCUGGUAUCCGGAGGCUUGUAUGACUCGCAUGUUGGCUGCAGACCAUACUCCAUCCCACCAUGCGAGCACCAUGUGAAUGGCUCACGCCCUGCCUGCAAGGGAGAGGAGGGCGACACCCCUAAGUGCCAGAAGCAAUGUGAAGACGGCUACACCCCCUCCUACCAGAAGGACAAACACUUUGGUGAUACCUCCUACAGUGUCCCCAGUAGCGAACAGGAGAUCAUGGCUGAGAUUUACAAGAAUGGCCCUGUAGAGGGAGCUUUCCUUGUGUUUGCCGAUUUCCCCCUUUAUAAAUCGGGUGUGUAUCGCCACAUCACUGGAGAUGAACUGGGAGGACACGCCAUUAAGGUUCUUGGAUGGGGUGUGGAAGAUGGAACUAAAUACUGGCUGUGUGCCAACUCCUGGAAUACAGACUGGGGUGAUAAUGGUUUCUUUAAAAUCGUCCGUGGAGAGGAUCAUUGCGGAAUAGAGUCCGAGAUCGUUGCUGGAGUUCCAAAAUCUUAGUCUCCUAACUUCAAAUAUCUAAUUUUAGCUCAAAUUAUUUUAAGAACUUUUUUUUUUAAUUGAGGCUGUAAAUGUGAACAAUUUAUUUUGUUUUUAACUGACUUAAUCUGAAAGCAGGAGCUAGCUAGGGUUGAACAAUUCCAUCUGCAUGAUUAUCCAAUGGAUAUUAGAGGUCACUUAAAUAGUUAUGACUAGAUUUUCCUCGGCACAAAGUUUCUAAACUUAACAUGUAGUGAUGAAACUUAGCUUAGUCUCCCUGUUUGUCGCCUUAUGUCUGCUCAGUUUGGCACUGACCUGUAAUUCAUAUCCUUUAGAGUAUGACAAAGGGAAGUACAUUCAGGAAUUCUUAUCGGAUUUAGUUAGGAGGAACAUGAAAUGCUGCUGGUUGUGAUCAUUGGUUUGAGUGUCUGACUUUCUUUUCUGGAGUCUUCUGGGCUUGACUCAUUUUACCCUUUGCAAAAGAUUCUUCCUGUUGUAUUUAUGGGAAAACCAGUUAACUGAAGGGAGACAUCUAUUUGCUUUUUAGCCAAUUCUGCAGUUAUACAAAGUGUAAAGUUUAAUUUUAUGAAAAUUAUGCAGGAUGUUUUUAAAGCUGCCAACUGAAUUUGUUUUCAGCAGGGUCCUUAACAAACCACUAUAGUUGGCAGUGGCAUUGUGGCUUUACAAAUUUUGUUAAACUGUCAAUUUGUUUUUUACCAAUAAAAUGCCUUGUUUUAAAAGUAA